AUGAGCUUUGGAUUCGGAUUCGGUGAUCUGGUGAGGUUUAUCGAGAUAGCGACGACGACGUACAGGUAUGGCUUCAGCAAAGUGAAUCGUGCUCCUUCUCUAUACAGUGAGUUCGGGGAUAAUGUCAAAGGACUAGCCGCCAACCUCAAAGAUCUCCACAAAGUCAUUGAAUCUCUUAGCCAAAAUGGACAGCCAAGAGAUUCUUCAUACACAGACUCCUCAUAUGGGGUCACCCUCGUCGAUAUCAUCGGGGACUAUGGGCGUACACUGCAAGAUUGCGAGAAAUUCCUGAAGGACAAGGAAUGUUUUAAGUGGAAAGACGGCUUCAUCACGAACAUUUUCUGGAACUUCAAUAUUGCCGGCAAAGUACAGGGCUUGAAAGAUCGAGUCACUUUCUUGAAUAUCAAACUCAUGACGGUCUUGAAAACCCUGGAUGUGCGCAUGGCGAAUGAACUGCACAUCAAUAUCUUCAGGAUUCACCAUGAUCUUGCAAUGAGGAUUGACGGUGCACAGGAUAGGAUUAUUGAAACGAUUCAGCGGAGCUUAGCGGAGAUUACGGAGCAGAUUAGGACUGGAACUACGUCCACGACAUCUAAUUUGAGGCAUUAUCCAAGCGUCCUCGAUAUUCCCACUUCGCUAGAAAGUCUGUUCGAACAAAAACUUCAAAGAUCCGGCUUUGGUUCUGAUCCUGAUCAGUUUCCGCUAGUGCGAGGUCUCGAUGCAGUUGUUUAUCACAUGAGUGCUGCAAAUACCAUUGAGGUAGAUAGCAAGGACUCUAAGAUGGAGCGGCAGUGGCUCGCGAUAGCAAAGGCACUUUGGACUAUCGCGAGAGUGAAAGCUGGCCAGGAGUACAGGGAUGCAUGCUCAUUUCGGCCAUCUAGCAAUUUCGAGAUACAGAUGAGGGAUUGGGGAAUCACUGUCGCAAGCUAUGUGAAGGGCCUCGAGAUCGAGCUAGUAGAAACCAUCAGGACUUCCAGUAUCCACUAUCUUGAGCUCAGCCCACAAGCUCUCGUCCAGACCUUUGAAGCAAACCCAGAAAUGUGGUUCGAAGUCGAAGACACUGUCGAAGCUACACCAACUUGGGAGCUCUCGUAUAGCGAGAAAAUAAUGGAUGCCUCGCUCAGGGGCCCAUUUCCUGCUUACGACCAGACGAUUCAUAUCUUCCGCCUCACGUCUGUUGACCUCAAGCUUGUUAUCACUGACUCACCCCGCCCAGGUACUGUUGGAGAGAAGACCAAUACAAUCAUCCCCGUCGACAUGCGUCGCUCCCGCCUCAUCCCUUUAUAUGCCACUUCCAAAUCCACAGCCGGAGGUGAUACCUGGAACGUAUCUUUCCAAGGCGACCGUCUCGCGCCAGUUAUCUCCGCACUUGGCUUCAACAAGCGCACCGAGCUCUUCAAGUUUCAGCACGUAAUUACCGGGUACCAAGUUGUUCUCGAAUCGGUCGGAAUAGAAGCCAUCACAUUUAACGCUAACAAGAUAUUAGGCGGCAAGAAGAGCAAAUACGUCGGUCGUUUGCAGCUAUGGCGGGCGAAAACACCUCGAAAUAGCCUCCCAAAAGAUUCUCCUACCGUAACAGGUGGCUUAUUAAGCUCCACUGUGUCUGGGACGGACCAAUCUAGGAUUAUGGAGCCUGCUUCGCCAUCCUCAAUCUCGAGUGGAAGUCCAUCGGACUCAGGCCCGCAAUUCUCUAGCUCUGGGAGAAGGAGGGACUCAUCACAGACGGCCGCUACCACCACCACAUCCAGUGCUUCUUCCAUCCCUGUAUCCAUAUUUGGGACAAGUAUUCACCGCAAGUCGACAUUUACAGGCAGCAGCAGUGAGCUAUUCCUCUCUCCGAACUUUUACACCACUUCCAUAGUCUCCAAUAAUGGAACUGUUGGCGUCGUGCUCGAAAAGCCGGAACCGAGUCUACUUGUGCUACUUUUGCAGCGCCCCUCUAGGUCCGAGUCCGGGAAAGCUUCCAAUCCUACCCCCUUUUCUUCUUUAGCGAUUGAAAUUGACGAGAAUACAACUAUCAAUUCGUCAUCCUGUGAAUGUAGUAAGGAUCCGAGUAGUUGCAAACGGGUUGUUCUAGAGAAGGAUGGUAAGGCAUUACGUAGUUUUCGCCAAGAUGCCGCCAGUUUAGAAGAAUGGAAUUUGGCCGAGUUGGGCAAGGAUCGGAAGAAGGAGUUAGUGGACGAUAAUGAGAGGCUAUUAUGGGUGGGGAUUGAUUUCGGAACAACGAGCGAUAAAAUCGGCUUUGAGAAGAUGUUCAACAAUCUGCGGAUACUCUGGGGGCAGAGAAAGAAGAAUAUGGAUUGGUGCUGA